AGACCAUUUGGGGAGGUGUAGGGACACUGCCGAUCAUGUCAAAUUAAAUAGGAGAUUACGCCUCUGGUCCUGGAUCGAACAUAUCAAGCCAUGGCUGACAUACAUAUGGAGCAGACCUAUGAAAAGCAGCUGCCAGCAGAGGUCAGCAGCAUGGUCUGGUCACCAAAGAUGGAUCUCAUAGCCUUCUCUCUGGCAAGUGGUGGUGUGGCCCUGUACCGGAUGACCCUACACCGUGUGUGGUCUGUGGACCCACCUGAAGAAGGUGUGUCGGUCAGCGCCCUCUGCUGGCGACCCGACGGCCGAGUGCUGGCCGUGGCAUACACAUCAGGCCUGCUGUCGUAUCUGGACCUGGAGAGUGGCGAGACGGUGCACUCGGAGACGUUCGCGACCGUGGCCGUCUGCCUCAGCUGGGCUCAACGGCAGGAGCCGGCGCCAGACCCGCCUGAUGGGAAGACAGAAGGCGAGGAGGACUCGUUUGACGAAGAUGAAGACUUCCUGCCGCCGCUGCCCUCGCUCAGCAAACAGUACGGAUCCGCGAACAGACACAGCGAGGAGGACCCACAGGACGUGCAGGGUAUUGCCGACAUGAAGUCUCUCACCGUUCUGGCCGUGGGCACGCAGGACGGCCAGGUGACGCUGCUGCUGCACGGUCUGCUGGUGUUCGGCCGGCACAGCUGCGGCGCUGGCGUCGCGCCACGCGCCAUGGCCUUCUCGGCCGAUCUGGCCCGCCUGAUGGUGCUCUGCAGCGAGCAGGACGAGCCGGGCGGCGAGGCGUGGCUGCUCGAGCUGGACCUGUCGGUGCUGAGCGAGUCUUCUGAGCAGCUGCGGCAGCUGGCCACGCUGUAUGGCAGAAUCACCAGCCACCUGCUGUACCUGGACCGCACCAUCCAGGCCAUCUGCGAGGCCUGGGAGACAGUGCUAGUCGAGAUGGACUCGAAGAUGGAGCGGUUUCAGGCGUCUCUGGGCGAGAACAGCUCGCUGUCGGUGGAGUUCCUGGAGCUGAUGAUGUUCGGUGUGCCGUCGCCGGAGAUGGAGCAGUUCCUGCUCAGCGACCUGACCGACACGGGUCUGAAGAAGCUGCGCCACUCGAUCGAGCUCAGCUACACCAACAUACAGAGCCUGGUGUUGCGCCACCUGCAGUCGGUCGGCCUGCGCAUCGCCGACCAGCUGGACCAGGUGGCGGGCAUGGCGCGUCACACGGAGCGGUUCGGCCACCUGGGUCUGAGCGGCGCGCGCGUGGCGGCGGCCCAGCAGGCGGCCGCCCUCUUCCUGAUCAAGGCCACCGAACUGCAGCAGGUGAUCGACAGCUCGACGCGCAACUUCAAGGCCUUCUUUCGCUGGCUGUACGUGGUGAUGCUGCGUCUGGCCGAGGUGGCUGUACCGCCCGACUACGCCAAAGUAUCGCAGAAGGAGCUCUCCUUCAUCGCCGAGUUCAUUGACACGAACCUGGGCGACAGCGUCACGGCGCGCGGCGUCCACCUGGAGCGCGUUGGCAUGUACCUGCGCAGCGCCGAACUUGAGACGCCGCCCGCGCACGAGCGCAACGCCUGGCGCCGCCUGCUGGUGGACAGCGCCGAGCUGGCCGCCACGCCCGGUGUGGUGGCGCCCACGAAUGGCGCUCGCUCGCUGCUGCAGGAGCGCGACGCGCUGCGGCGCGCCAUCGCGCAGCUGUUCGCCGACACGGACGCAGCGGAGGAGAGCACACUCGACACCACGCACGGUUCGGGCGGCGAGCUGAUGGACGACAACAAGGAGAAUCUUCUGUGA